AUGCCGCCCGAAGCUCGGUUUGCCGUCGUUGCUAGCACGGGCGCUUUCGACUUUACGCCCGCCUUCGAGGACGCCGUUCUCUGCAUCGUCCCUUCGGCCCUCUUUCUAGUUGUGGCCCUACAGCGUCUCUUCUGGCUCGCGAGACAGCCUCGCAAGGUCGCCAAAAGCCACCGGCCAAUCGUGAAAGGAUUGAUCGGCGUCUACACGGCUCUACAACUUGCAGUCUUGCUGUACUGGGCUCUGAAUGCAGAGAAGUGGCCUUUCUCUCAGUUGCGGACGUCGGCCGCCGUGCUCGCCUUCGUCGAUGGAUUUUUGCUCUUGUUCCUGUCCCAUGCCGAGCACGCGCGCUCGGUGCGACCAUCGACCAUCAUAAACGUUUAUUUACUCUUUACUUUGCUCUUUGACUGCGUCGUCGCCAGAACCCUGUGGCUUGCCGACCAUGACUCCGCUAUCUCGGGCCUCUUCACCUCAACUGUCGCGAUCAAACUCUUUGUCUUGACUUUGGAAGCUUGGGAAAAGAGACCUAUACUCCUGUCCCAGUACCAGUAUCUCUCCCCAGAGGCAACCAGUGGCAUACUGGCCCGGAGUGUCUUCUGGUGGCUGAAUUCAUUCAUGCGAACCGGGUUCACUCGCUCCCUCACCGAUCAUGAUCUGCUCCCCAUUCAUGACAGCCUAGCGGCACGAACACUACUCCCAAAAGCACGAAACUCAUUUGGUUCAUCAAACCAGUCCAACCGCCAUGCAUUGGCCUUCUCCACGUUGUGGGCCACCAAGUAUAUAUUUCUUGCUGGCGUGGCACCCCGGCUUGCAUUGGCAGCUUUCAAGUACACGCUGCCCUUUCUCAUCACUAGAACGACUUCCUGGACGGCCGAUCUGUCGCAGUCGGAUGCAAUUGGAUGGGGGCUGACGGGCGCAUGGCUGCUGAUCUUCCUUGGGCAAGCAAUUUCGAACGGCUUUUAUUACCAGAUGACAUAUCGAUUUGUCACUUCGAUUUGCGGCAGUCUCUGCAGUUUGAUCUACACCAAGACGUUGGAUCUCAGCAGCACGGCUCUCGAUGAGUCUGUGGCAGUAUCGCUCAUGUCCACGGACACCGAGAGUAUCUGUCAAAGCGCCGCAACCUUACACGAGCUUUGGGCCUCGCCAAUUGAGUCCGCAGUCGCCAUUUUUCUCCUGUACAGGCAGCUUGGACUUGCCGCGCUGGCCCCGGUCGUUGUAGCAAUCAUUGCCACUACUGGAAUGUUGCAGCUUGCCCAGUUCAUUGGCAUGGCCAAGAAGAGAUGGAUGAGGGGCAUCCAAACGCGGGUCGAUGUAACGGCUUCCGUCCUCGCAUCCAUGAAGGAAGUCAAAAUGCUUGGUUUGUCGGAUAUUGUCGCGAACAUGAUCCAGAACCUCCGCGUAACAGAACUGGACUUAUCCAAGCAAUAUCGCAGACUGUUGGCCAUACAGACUUUCAUUGCAAUGAACACGGCGACCAUCGCCCCUCUGGCGACCUUUGUAACCUUUGUGAUUGUUUCCAAGAGCACUGGUCAGCCCUUGAACACGGAGUCUGCUUAUACCUCGCUCUCGCUGAUAUACCUUUUGUCGGACCCUAUGGUUGUCGUGUUUCGUACCAUCCCAUCCGUCAGUGCCGCCCUCGCGUGCUUUUCUCGCAUUCAAAACUACUUGUUGUCUGAAAGCUGUACCGAUUACAGACUGCCCUUGAGCGAGCGGGAUCAUCAUUCAAGCCAAGGCGAUGAGAAAGGCGACACGCUUGUGGCGAUAUCAGGAGCCAGUUUUGGCUGGGUUCCCGGAAAUCCGGACAUCCUCAACGACAUCACCGUCAACAUCCGCAGGUCUUGCUUCACAUUCGUCGUCGGACCCGUGGGCUCGGGCAAGAGCACCCUCAUGCGAGCAAUUCUGGGAGAAGUCCCGCUCCGAGCGGGUUCCAUCCAUGCCGAUCCCGGCAACAUUGCGUUUGUUGGUCAGGAGCCCUGGAUCCAGAACCUGACCAUACGCCAGAAUAUCCUAGGCAGUACCAGCUACGACGCGGAAUGGUACAGCAAAGUUGUCUACGCGUGCGGGCUGGAGCAGGAUAUCGGCGAGCUUCCCGACGGAGAUGCGACAAGGGCGGGCAGCGCGGGUUUUUCGUUGAGCGGCGGCCAAAAGCAGCGGCUCGCCUUGGCCCGAGCCGUCUACUCUAGGGAAAAGACAGUCUUGUUGGACGAUGUCUUUGCAGGGCAGGAUGCGGCGACCGAGGAGCACGUCUUUCAGAAUCUUUUUGCCGAGACGGGUCUCUUCCGGCAGAUGAGCAUAACUGUGGUCUGUGUCACGAAUGCCAUUCAUAGACUCGCCUAUGCCGAUCAUGUGGUCGCUCUAGAUGUGAGCGGCCAUAUCAUGCACCAAGGCUCAUUCGCCCAACUUCAAUCCGAUACAGAUUAUCUGCAUGGGCUGGCAGUCGAGCAGAACGGCGCGAUUGACGCGCAGGACGCAGCUAAAGCAUCGGUGCAGCAUCGCCACGAGACUGUUCCCAAGGGUCGAUCCGAACAAGAUGCUGACCAGAACAGCGACGACUCUGAAUCGCCCGGACGAGUCCUCGGCGAGUUUGCCACAUAUGCAUAUUACUUUGGCUCCGUCCCUGUAUGGCACACCAUACUGUUCGCUGCCCUCACCAUUCUGUACGCGGGAGGUUCUCGGAUGACGGCACUCGUACUCAGCUUCUGGACGGACACUGCAGAAGAAUCCGGCCAAGCCACCAAUGACUACUAUCUCGGGCUCUUCGGAAUGCUCACCGGUCUCGCCGUCUUGGGCAUCACAGGGGCCGCCUAUUUCUUCCUGGUCGUUAUGGUGGCUUUGAGCUCCGAGGUUCUCCACGCUCGGCUUCUACAUUCCGUCAUGAAUGCCCCUGUGGCCUUCUUCUCGCGCACCGACGUCGGAGUCACCACGAAUCGCUUCAGCCAGGACAUGUCGGUCGUCGAUACCGAGCUGCCCUUCGCCCUUGUGGAUUUCUGCGUCAACUUUGCCCUCAUCAUCAUGUCGGUCAUCCUGAUGUGCGUAUUUUCUGGGUAUUUUGCAGCCACACUUGUGCCCUUCGUCGCUUUCUGCUGGUUGCUGCAAAAGUUCUACGUGCGGACGUCUCGGCAGAUCCGACUGUUUGAUCUUGAAGCCAAGUCUCCCCUCUUCACGCAGUUUCUCGACCUCCUCCAGGGCCUAUCCACGGUGCGGGCGUUCGCGUGGGGGCCGCGCUUCAUCGAGCAGUACCUGGACCUUCUCGAUGCCUCGCAAAGACCCUUUUACCUGCUCUUCUGCAUCCAGCGCUGGCUGGGCCUCGUGCUCGACCUGAUGACCGCCGUCCUCGUGACUGUCAUGAUGGUCCUAGUCGUGGAGCUGCGGGCGCAGCUGUCGGCGCAGUACGUGGCCCUGGCCUUCGUGCAGGUCAUGUCGUUCGGCCAGUCGCUGGCCCACGUCAUCCAGGACUGGACGCAGCUCGAGACGUCGUUUGGUGCCGUCGCGCGCGUCAAGACGUUCUGCACCGACACCGAGUCGGAGAACCGACCCGCUGAGACGGGUACCGUGCCCAAGAACUGGCCGGCGCACGGCCGCGUCACCAUCAAGGAUCUGGUGGCCUCGUACGAUGCGCGCGGCGGCGGCGAGCCCGUCCUACGCGGCGUGAGCCUUGACAUCCCCGCCGGUGCCAAGGUCGGCAUCUGUGGCCGCAGCGGGAGUGGCAAGAGCUCGCUCCUGGGCUGCAUCCUGCGGCUCCUCGAAGUCGGCCCCGGCUCGAGCAUCACCAUCGACGGCGUCGACAUCACGACGCUGCCACGGCAGGCUGUGCGCGCUGCAGUGGCCGUUGUGCCGCAGCACCCUUUCUUCCUGAAGCACACGAGCCUCCACGACAACCUUGUCGUCCUUCACCGACAGCAGCACCGGCAGGAGCACGAACAGCACGAGCAGCAGCAGCAAACCGACGACGACAAGAUUCUCCAAGUCCUGCGCCGGCUCAAAAUGGACGAUGUCGUAGAUCGGAUGGGCGGCUUGGACAGCCCGCUGGACGCCGACCGGCUCUCGCAGGGCCAGCGCCAGCUCCUGUGCAUCGCCCGGGCCAUGUUGGCGGGCAAGCGGAUCAUCCUAAUCGACGAGGCGAGCAGCAACGUCGACGAGCGGUCCGAGCGGCUCAUCAGGGACGUCAUGCGUGAGCAAUUUGCCAGCUGCACCGUCAUUGCCGUUGCGCAUCGCCUCGGUGCCGUUGUCGACUUCGAUCGUGUUGCUGUCAUGGGCGGUGGUCAGCUCCUGGAAUGGGAUAGUCCUCGCGCUCUCCUGAAGCGAGAUAGCGAGUUUAAGAGGCUUUGGGACCUUGGGGCGAGUUAG